AUGCUUUAUAGCUGGCUAAAUUGCCACAGGAUCUUGUGGAUUUUCGUACUAGUUCAAUGCGUGUCCAGGAUUUCCGGUAAGAAUUUCGGAAAGUGCGAAUUGGCAGAGGAACUCGCGUUUCGUCACGAUGUGCCUUUGGAAGAAGUUCCACAUUGGGUUUGCAUUGCAAAACACGAAUCCACGUUUGACACUUCGGCGAUCAAUAGGAAUUAUUGGGAUGGAAGCAAGGAUUACGGAUUGUUUCAAAUCAAUGACCGAUACUGGUGUUCUCCACCCGACGAUCAAAAUUCAUGCAGAGUGAACUGCGUCGAUUUGCUGGACGACGACAUCAGGAACGACGUAAAAUGUGCUCGUAAGAUUUUCAAGAUUCACCGGAGGAACGAAGGAAACGGCUUCUUAGCUUGGUGA